AUGUCCAGUAAUCAGGCCGGCGGCAGCGGCAGCGACUCCAGCAGUAGCACAAAUGGAAACGGCAAUAGCAAUGGUGGUUCAGACACGAUCAUCGCCAUCGUGGCCCUGGUGGUGUCUGUUAUCGCCCUGAUCGGGACAGGAUUACAGGUCGUUCAACAAUACAUGGCCUCGGCGGCUGGCUACUCCAACUGCGAUGCCGCUGUGAUCGGGCCCUGGCACACAACGAAGAAGCGGCGGUUUCGCUUAAGCGAAAUGCGCUUCCAGGUUCUAUUCGAGACGCCUGUAUUCUUCGUCUGCCCGGCCGACAACAAGAGAGGGCCUAUCAACGGAGCGCCGGUGUGGUUUGUUAAAGGUGACCCUGAAAGCAUUGUCGUUACACGCUCUUUGCCGUUGGACGGCCCCGGCACGAACAACAGCGCAGACAAGCCGCCCCAGCAAGCAGACGGGAAGCAAAAUGAAACAACUGACCACGCCAGCCAAGCAACCUCAUCGAUGCCCAAGAUUGCACAUGUGUUGCAAGACAAGCGCGGAGUCCACACAGCUGACAACGAGAUGUCGACGUGGGUGCGCCUUCUGCAGGAGCUUCAUCGCAUGGAGCGCGACUCGCAGCACUGGCAGAAGACGCAAGUGGAGCUGAAUCCACCACAUAGCGCGUGCUCCUUUGAGGAGCACAAACUCUGCGUGGCCCUUCAGUCAAAAAAGCGUUCCUGGGACACUAUGCCGUCUAGCAUAAGCAGGCCGUAUGCUGCGUCGACUAUUUGCCACCUCAUCGAGAUGGCAGCCAUGCUGGGCAUAUACUGGAAGGAGUUCGACCGGUCUGCUGGUCGGUACCGGGCAGAAGGCAACGGCUAUGUCCUCACGGGCAACCACAUGGCAGAUUUGGGGAUUGUGUUUACCUUUCAGAUAUGCGGCAAGAGCCGAUUCAAAGAAAAUCGCAUCAUCCCUGCAGAUGAGGUCAAGGAGCUCGCGUUUGGCCUCGUGCCGACUAUUUUCCGCAGGAAAGAGGACCUUCGCCGACUUGCGUUCACGUCCGACGAUACGCGCAGUCUGGAGACUCUCUUGCUCGGCAACCGCAAUGAGCUUGCAGAGACACUAGCAUCGAUUGGCUGCAACACAAACACAUCGAACAGUCUCCGCGAUGAAACGAAGAAGCAUGGCCACCUAUUUCCUCGUAAGUCAUAG